AUGACGGACUAUCGCCCUGAAGACCAGGCCUCCCUGCCGCCUAUCGGCUUCAUCGCCGUUCAGUGCUUCUUCUACCGGCCAGCAGGCGACGCCUUCAACGAGAACACAUGGGCGUUCCCCGUGAUUCGCGAGUUGGCGGAGGGAUCGAGGGAAGACCAGCUCGUGACGAAGGUGGCAUACGACGAUGCCUUCAUCGACAACUUUGUCGCCGCGGGGAAGAAGCUGGCGGAGCGCGGGGCCGUGGGCAUUCUUACCAGCUGCGGCUUCUUAGCCAUGGCCCAGCCAUUACUGGCUGAGAGGCUACCGAUCCCAGUAGCCACCUCCUCCUUAAUUCAGAUCCCCAGCAUUCUCGCCUGGCUGCCGCCAUCCAAGAAGAUCGGCAUCAUCACCUACAACGCUCGCGAGUUGGUGUCCCUGCACUUUGAGCGUCUCGGCAUAUCAAAAGAGCACGCCGCGCGGUGCCACAUCGCCGGCGCCCCGGACGGCGGCUCUCUGCGGUUGCUCGUCACCGGCAAGGGCCCGUACAGUUUCGACGACAUCGAGAAGGAGAUGGUUGCAGCCGCGAAGGAGCUGAUGGACGAACACCCUGAUAUCGGGGCGUUUGUCCUUGAGUGCACGCAGAUGCCGCCGUUCGGAGAGUCUGUGCAGAGGGUGACCGGGCUGCCGACGUACGAUGUUUACACCAUGGGAACAUGGUUUUACUCUGGGCUUGUCAGGCGGAGGCCGCGUGGUUGGGGAGAUUUUGAGAGUCAAAGGACGGGACCGUUGGUUGAGAGGAAUAUUAUGUAG